CCUCCUCUCAUCCCCCGCCUCCAUCCCCUUCCCCCUUCCCUUCCCCGCUUCUCCUUCCCCUCGCCGGCCGGCCGACCAUGGGCAACUCGCUGGCCUGCUUCUGCUGCGGCGGGGGCGGGACGGGCGCCAAGGGCCCCCGCCGCCGCCACGUGGCGCCCGCCGCGCUCCCCUCCGACCCGGCCUACGACGAAGGGCUCGGCCACUCCUUCUGCUACGUGCGUCCCGAGAAGCUCGCCCCGCUCUUCCCGGACGACGACGCCUACGACCUGGUCCCCGACGCCAAGACGGCGGGCGAGGAGUCGGCGGCUGUGGUGGCGGCAUCCACCACGUUCCGGGCCAUCUCGGGCGCGGCGCUCUCCGCCAACGUCUCCACCCCGCUCUCCACCUCCGUGCUCCUGCUGCUCCCGGAUGAGUCGUCCGCUACCACCGCCUCCUCCGGGUUCGAGAGCUCCGGGUCCUUCGCCGCCGUCCCGCUGCAGCCCGUCCCGCGCUCGUCGUUCCCCUCCUCCUCCGGGCCCAUCUCCUCUUCCUUGUCCGCGGCGCCCUUCUCCGGGGGGUUCCUCUCCGGGCCCAUCGAGCGCGGGUUCCUCUCGGGCCCGCUCGACCCCGCGGCGCACCUCCUCCUCUCGGGCCCUCUCCCCGCCUCUGGCCGCGUUAUCGGAGGGGGAGCGGGCCCCGUCCCCGCGCUCCGCCGCAGCCUCUCCCACGGCGGCCGCCGCAUCCGCGACUUCACGCGCGCGAUCCUCGCCCGCAGCGCCGACAAGUUCCACCACGGCUCCUCCGCGGAUCUCGGCUCCCCUGACCCCGCCGCCGCGGCCAUGGGUGGGGAUUCCCAGGGCCUCCAGUGGGCGCAGGGGAAAGCCGGCGAGGACCGCGUCCACGUCGUCGUCUCCGACGAGUGCGGCUGGGUCUUCGUCGGCAUCUACGACGGCUUCAAUGGGCCCGACGCCACCGACUUCCUCGUCUCCAACCUCUACGCCGCCGUCCACCGCGAGCUCCGCGGCCUGCUCUGGGAGCAGCAGCAAGACCACCAGGACCCGCCUGCAUCAGCGCCCAGCACCACGGCCUCGGACCACCAGGACCAGUGCACCCGACGGCGCCGCACCCGCCGCUCACGGCCCCCGCGGAGCAGUAGCACCGACGUCGACGACGAGCAACGCCGGUGGAAGUGCGAGUGGGAGCAGCGCGACAGCUCCAGCCUCAAACCCCCAACGCAGCAGCAGCAUCCUCCGCGGAGCUACGGCGAGCACGACCACAUCGCGGUGCUCAAGGCGCUGGCGCGCGCGCUCCGCAAGACCGAAGACGCCUACCUGGGCAUCGCCGACAAGAUGGUCGGCGAGUUCCCCGAGCUCGCGCUCAUGGGCUCCUGCGUCCUUUCCAUGCUCAUGAAAGGGGACGACAUGUACAUCAUGAGCGUCGGCGACAGCCGGGCCGUCUUGGCCACAACGGACGGCGACGACGAUCUCGAGCACGUCAGCGAGGGUUCAUUCGGCGGAUUGUCUGCAGGGGAUUGCUCGCCCUGCUUGUCAGCCGUGCAGCUAACGACGGAUCAUAGCACUUCCGUGCCGGAGGAGGUUCGCAGAAUACGGAAUGAGCAUCCGGAUGAUCCAUCGGCGAUCUCCAAGGACCGUGUGAAGGGCUCGCUGAAGGUGACGAGGGCGUUCGGCGCUGGCUUCUUGAAACAGCCCAAAUGGAAUGACGCACUACUGGAGAUGUUCAGGAUUGAUUACGUCGGAUCCUCCCCGUACAUCACAUGCAAUCCGUCCCUUUUCCACCAUAAGCUGAGCAGGAGGGAUAGAUUCCUGAUCCUGUCUUCAGAUGGGCUCUACCAGUAUUUCACCAACGAGGAGGCAGUGGCACAGGUCGAGAUGUUCAUCGCAACAACCCCUGAAGGCGACCCUGCCCAGCAUCUCGUUGAAGAAGUCCUUUUCCGGGCAGCAAACAAAGCAGGAAUGGACUUCCAUGAACUGAUCGAGAUCCCGCAGGGCGACCGUCGGCGAUACCACGACGACGUGUCGGUCAUCGUCAUCUCGUUGGAGGGCAGGAUCUGGAGAUCUUGCGUGUAAAUAAACAUACUAGGCUAGACACGGAAACGUAUAGAGAGAGUGGGAGAGAAGAGGUUCUUGUUCUUGUUCUUGAAGGCAGGCAUUGAGCAGUUCAUGCGGCUACUCCCAGCUCCAGUUGCCACUGUACAAAUAUCAACCAAGCACUGGGGUUGCCGGAUCUGGUGUGGUCUCGGCGCCCAUCAAAUCCAGCUGCAAUCUCCAUGAAUCGCCCGUAGAGCACGCCAACGCCGACGUGCUACAAUAUGUUCAUGUAAAAGAAGAUUUGUCUGUUAAAUUAUUAAUAACUAAAAAAUGAGACCAAUUGGUCUAGUUUCGUUGA